GAAAAGUUCGCUGCUGCAGUAGAAAAUGCCAGGCGAAAUGAUAACUCUCCAGCUCGGACAGUGCGGAAAUCAAGUUGGUUUCGAGUUCUGGAAACGUUUAUGUGCAGAACAUGCUAUUGGACCUGACGGUGUUCUCGAGUCGUUUGCCAUGGAUGGAACUGAUCGGAAGGAUGUAUUCUUUUACCAGGCUGACGACGAGCAUUAUAUACCACGAGCAAUUCUCAUGGACCUGGAGCCCCGUGUCAUCCACGGCAUUAUGACUUCCAAGUACAACAAGCUGUACAACUCGGAGAACAUCUUCCUGUCGAAGAGGGGCGGCGGCGCUGGCAACAACUGGGCCUCCGGCUACAGCCAGGGGGAGCUGCUGCUCGAUGACAUCUUCGACAUCGUCGACAGGGAGGCCGACGGCGCCGACCGCCUCGAGGGUUUCAUGGUGGUCCACGCCAUUGCUGGCGGCACUGGGUCCGGCGUGGGAUCUCUGAUCAUGGAACGCCUCUCGGAUCGCUACCCCAAAAACAUCGUCAACUCUUACAGCGUGUUCCCGAACCAGGAUGAACUAAGCGACGUGGUGGUGCAGCCGUACAACUCGCUGCUGACGCUGAAGCGUCUGGUGCGCAACGCGGACUGCGUCGUCGUGUUGGACAACACGGCUCUCAACAGGAUCGCGUGCGAUCACCUGCAGAUCGCAAACCCGUCCUUUGAAGACAUCAACAGCCUCGUCUCUACUGUGAUGUCUGCUGGAACCAGCACGCUCAGGUACCCGUCUUACGCAAAGAACAACCUGGUGAGCAUCGUUGCACCGCUGAUUCCCACUCCAAUCCUGCACUUCCUGAUGACAGGCUACACUCCUCUAACUCCACCAUCAGAGAUCUAUUCGACGCGCAGGACAUCUGUAAUGGACGUGAUGCGGUGCCUCUUGCAGCCAAAAAACGCCAUGGUGUCGACGCAACAGGACAGAACGCUGCCUCACUGCUACAUCUCUCUUCUCAACAUUAUUCAAGGGGCGGACAACCCCAGCGAGGUGGAGCGAUCGCUGUCGCGCAUCCGCGAGCGGCGGCUGGCGCGCUUCAUCCCGUGGGGCCCCGCCAGCAUCCAGGUGGUGCUGGCCAGGCGCUCCCCCUACCUGCCGCCGGCGUCGCGCGUCAGCGGGCUCAUGCUCGCCAACCACACCAGCAUCGCCAGCCUGUUCGAAAGGACAAUUGACCAGUACAACAAGCUACGGAAGCGGAAGGCUUUCCUGGACCAGUUCCGCAAGGAGAAGAUCUUCAAAGAGAACCUGGACGAGCUGGACGACGCGCGGGCGGUGGUGGAGGACCUGGCGGCUGACUACCAGCAGGCGACGGCGGCCGGCUACCCCACGUGGCGGCAGCAGCGGGAGCUGAGCCGGCGCGCCGAGGCGGAGGGGCUGCAGGCGCAGCGGAGCGCCGACGACGGCGCCGAGGCGUUCCAGUAGGCGAGACUGCCGCUCCUUCCGAGAGCGCGCGGACAAAUCGCAGCAGUCAGGUGUUCAGACAAAAUUCCUGUCCUAGCAGUGUCUCAUUCGCUUUCGUGUGGUGUCGUAUGCAGGACUUCAGGGAGAGCAGAUAUGUGAAUGUGUUAAAUAUUUGUUCAAAAUUCUCAUGCUAGCCCAAUUCAAUUGGUUACACUCUGGUGUGCGUUUCAGUCUUACGAUCAUAAUUCUGGGUAUGCUCCACUACAAAUUACUAGCUUUCAUUAUUAGCCAACAGAACAUAAACAAGUGCCCUCUGGAAGAACAUCGUACGGGAGACUUUCGCUCGCUUACGCACCUUCAGACGACUAAAAAAAGUCACCGUUUUCUAAAUGCAACUUUUUCUGCCAAAUUAGAAACCUUUGUAUCAUACCAAGUAUUUAUGAGUGUUAUACUCAACAUGA